GGCAAAGGCCCCUCCACAUGGUCUCGGGUUCCUUUCCUCACCCAGCUUCUCUAAGCAGGGGGUGGACCUGUCCCCUCUAGCCCUUCGAGGGCUCUGAGGCUCUGACUAGAGGAGAGGGAUAGACAAGGGGGGAACAGGAAGCCAAAGGGGAGGGGAAUGUGGUGGGUUUCUAAACCAUGCCCUAGGCCCCCAUCAUGGUUUUCAAGCCUGAGGAGAGAAAGUGGAGAUACACCACAGGUUAAUUGGGUUUUAAGAAACUGGUGGUUGCGGAGAAAGGCCCGAGAGACUUGAGGGGGAGGGAAUCUCAACGUUCUUCCAGCUCUGUUUAUGCUCACAGAAGCCAGCAAUGACCACUUGGACUGUCCUCGCGAGCGGCCUUGGGGAUCCCCGGCUCUGCGCCCCUGCGCGGUGGGCUCUAUCCCCUCCCAGGCUGUCCCGGGUGCUACCCUGGCCCCAGCCUCAGCUCCGGCUGCUGCUGCUGCUGCUGCUGCUCCUGCUGCCUUCUGCCCUCCCCGAGGUAUUCAGAGUAGGGGUGUUAGGCCCCUGGGCCUGCGACCCCAUCUUCGCCCGUGCCCGUCCGGACCUGGCUGUCCACCUGGCCGCCAACCGCCUGAGGCAUGACCCAGCCCUGGAACGCGGCCCCCGCUUCGAGGUCUUGCUGCUGCCGGAGCCUUGCCGGACGCCAGGCUCGCUGGGGGCUGUGUCCUCCGCGCUGUCCCGCGUCUCUGGUCUCGUGGGUCCCGUGAACCCUGCAGCCUGCCGGCCCGCAGAGCUCCUGGCCCAAGAGGCGGGGGUCGCGCUGGUGCCCUGGGGCUGCCCCGGGACACGGGCUGCGGGCACGACGGCCCCCGCAGUGACACCAGCCGCGGACGCCCUCUAUGCCCUCCUUCGCGAGUUCCGCUGGGCACGCGUGGCCCUGGUGACCGCCCCCCAGGAUCUGUGGGUGGAGGCGGGACGCUCACUAGCCACUGCACUCAGGACCCGGGGUCUGCCGGUUGCCCUGGUGACUGCCAUGGAGCCUGCCGACCGAUCUGGAGCCCGGGAAGCCCUGAGGAGGGUCCAGCACGGGCCCAGAGUCAGAGCAGUGAUCAUGGUAAUGCACUCUGUGCUGUUGGGCGGCGAGGAACAGCGCUGCCUACUGGAGGCUGCUGAGGAGCUGGGCCUGGCCGAUGGCUCCCUGGUCUUUCUGCCCUUUGACACGCUCCACUACGCCUUGUCUCCAGGCCCAGAGGCCUUGACCGUGCUGGCCAACAACUCACAGCUUCGCAGAGCCCACGAUGCCGUUCUCACUCUCACACGCCACUGUCCCCCUGGAGGCAGCGUGCUGGACAGCCUGCGCAAGGCCCAAGAGCACCAGGAGCUGCCCCCUGACCUUAAUCUGCAGCAGGUAUCCCCACUCUUCGGCACCAUCUAUGAUGCAGUCUUCUUGUUGGCUGGGGGUGUGGUGCGAGCUUGGGCGGCAGUAGGUGGCAGAUGGGUGUCUGGAGCAGCUGUGGCCCGCCACGUCCAGGAUGCCCAGGUCCCAGGAUUCUGUGGAACCCUGGGAAGAGCCGAGGAUUCCCCGUUUGUGCUGCUGGACACGGAUGAGGCCGGGGAUCAGCUGUUCACCACAUACGUGCUGGACCCCACCCGGGGCUCCUUCCACUCUGCUGGGACCCCAGUGCAUUUCCCUAGAGGGGGCCAAGGGCCUGGGCCCGACCCCUCUUGCUGGUUCGACCCAGACGUCAUCUGCAAUGGAGGAGUGGAUCCUGGUCUUGUCUUUAUCGGCUUCCUCCUUGUGGUUGGAAUGGGGCUUACGGGGGCCUUCCUGGCCCAUUAUGUGAGGCACCAGCUACUGCACAUUCAGAUGAUCUCAGGCCCCAACAAGAUCAUCUUGACUCUGGACGACAUCACCUUCCUCCACCCACAAGGAGGCAGUACUCAAAAGGUGGCCCAGGGCAGCAGUCGGUCAAGCCUGGUUGCCCACAGCGUGUCAGACAUCUGCAGCGUCCCCAGCCAGCCCCCAGACAACUCCAGCAUUGGCCUCUACGAGGGAGACUGGGUUUGGCUGAAGAAAUUCCCAGGGGAUCAGCAUAUAACCAUCCGCCCAGCAACCAAGACAGCCUUCUCCAAGCUCCGGGAGCUCCGGCACGAGAACGUGGCCCUCUACCUGGGGCUCUUCCUGGCGGAAGGAGCAGACGGCACCGCGGGCCCCGGGGAAGGCACGCUGGCUGUGGUCUCAGAGCACUGUGCCCGGGGCUCCCUCCACGACCUUCUCGCCCAGAGAGACAUAAAGCUGGACUGGAUGUUCAAGUCCUCCCUCCUACUGGACCUCAUCAAGGGAAUGAGGUAUCUGCACCACCGAGGCGUGGCCCACGGGAGACUGAAGUCCCGGAACUGUGUGGUGGAUGGGAGAUUCGUGCUUAAAGUCACCGACCACGGCCACGGGAGACUACUGGAAGCCCAGAGAGUGUUACUAGAGCCUCCCAGCGCGGAGGACCAGCUGUGGACCGCCCCGGAGCUGCUUCGCGACCCAGCUCUGGAGCGCCGGGGAACCUUGGCCAGCGACGUCUUCAGCCUGGGCAUCAUCAUGCAGGAGGUCGUGUGCCGCAGCUCCCCCUACGCCAUGCUGGAGCUGACGCCUGAGGAAGUGGUGCAGAGGGUGCAGAACCCCCCUCCCCUGUGUCGGCCCUUGGUUUCCGUGGACCAGGCGCCCAUGGAGUGCAUCCAGCUGAUGAAACAGUGCUGGGCAGAGCAGCCGGAACUUCGGCCCUCCAUGGACCGCACCUUCGAGCUGUUCAAGAGCAUCAACAAGGGCCGGAAGACCAACAUCAUCGACUCCAUGCUGCGGAUGCUGGAGCAAUACUCCAGUAACUUGGAGGACCUGAUACGGGAGCGCACUGAAGAGCUGGAGCUGGAAAAGCAGAAGACAGACCGGCUACUCACACAGAUGUUGCCUCCGUCUGUGGCUGAAGCUUUGAAGACGGGGACCCCUGUGGAGCCUGAGUAUUUUGAAGAGGUGACACUGUACUUUAGCGACAUUGUGGGCUUCACCACCAUCUCUGCCAUGAGUGAACCCAUCGAAGUAGUGGACCUGCUCAAUGAUUUAUACACACUCUUUGAUGCCAUCAUCGGCUCCCACGAUGUCUACAAGGUGGAGACAAUUGGGGACGCCUAUAUGGUGGCCUCCGGGCUGCCCCAGCGGAAUGGGCAGCGGCACGCAGCGGAGAUCGGCAACAUGGCACUGGACAUCCUCAGCGCUGUGGGCUCCUUCCGCAUGCGCCACAUGCCCGAGGUGUCCUUGCGCAUCCGCAUCGGCCUGCACUCGGGUGCCACCCAGCCGCCAGCUUCGGCCCAAGCACCUCCUUGCCACCAACCCCGCGUCUCCGCAGGCCCGUGCGUGGCCGGUGUGGUGGGCCUCACCAUGCCGCGGUACUGCCUGUUUGGGGACACCGUCAAUACCGCCUCGCGCAUGGAGUCCACCGGGUUGCCUUACCGUAUCCACGUCAACGUGAGCACCGUGCGGAUCCUCCGCGCUCUGGACGAGGGCUUCCAGAUUGAGAUGCGAGGCCGCACGGAGCUGAAGGGCAAGGGCGCCGAGGACACGUAUUGGCUGGUGGGCAGACGCGGCUUCACCAAGCCCAUCCCCAAACCGCCGGACCUGCAACCGGGGGCCAGCAACCACGGUAUCAACCUGCAGGAGAUACCUCCGGAGCGGCGCAGGAAGCUGGAGAAGGCGAGGCCGGGCCAGUUCCUGGGAAAGUGAGGCCCGGCUGGGACAGGCUGUGCACUGCACUAGAGACAGAACUCUAGAGGGCAACAUAGGAUAAGAUGACUGCAGCCCCUGGAGGUCUGUUGGAGCAGAAGCCCUUCUGACCUCCACCCUCCUUCAAGGAACCAUGAUUCAUGAUGCUCCCCUUCCUAGGCAAACCCUCAUGGAUCCUUUCCUCGAUUUUCUCUGAGACACUCCUCUUCCCCUCAGGAUUAUUCCAGAAGGUCCUCUUUCUGCAAGUUGCUGCUAUAGGUGACCAAAAUUUGGCUGCUAUCCAUGGCUUCUGUGCAGCUCUUCAUCAAAGGAUUCUGGGCCUUCAGAAGAGCUGGUUGCAAACCAGUCGUGUGACCUUGGGAAAGACUCAUGCAACCUCUGGGCUUGGGUUCCCCUCCAUGGUGAAAUGAGGAGUGGCCUAGGUGGUUUCCACACCCCAUGGCAACUGAGUUUCACAAGGGUUGUCUUGGGAUAUAGGGCACUGGGAAUGUGACCCUGAGACCCCAAGGGUGUUGGGGUGGGGUUUCUUCACUUUCCAGGGCUUCUUCAGGCACCAGGAAGGAGGAUUUAGGAUUGGAUACUCCAACACUAGAGAAGGUGGAGACCUCCUGUUGCAGCAGGGUAGGGGUGUCACACGGCCCGAGAGUGUGACGGCUUCUGCUUAGCCUCAAGCAUCAGUCCCUUCUCCAUCCCCCACCAGUCAGAAAGUGGCUUCUUCACCCAUGGGCAUAAUCACGUAACUUGCCCAAGUGCAGAGAAAAGCUUGCUUCAGGGCUUUGAGGAAAGGAAACAAACUGCACCAAACCUUUACUAACCAGAACACCAGAGGGAUUACCACCCAGUAAUCUUCUCUGUUUAACUGGGUGGUGCUGAGCAAGCAGUUGGAACAGUAAAUCCUCUCUGCUUCGGUCCAUGCAACAAGUGUCGACCCCGUCCUGGUAAGUCUCUAGCUGAGGUUUCUUUUCUGCAGUUCUGAUGUUCCAGAGCCUUGGCAUGUUUGACUGGGUGUUUUUCCCCAUUGCUGCAGAC